UAAACUAAUAGUAAUGACCAGCUCGGUAGUCGGUUCUAUCAAUGUUUCUCUGUCUCUCUCAUUUGUUUGCUUUUAGAAGCGGCAAAGUUAACUGCUACUCAUACCAAGCUCUUACUUUUUGAUCCUUUCUCUCUCUCUCUCUCUCUCUCUCUCUCUCUCUCUCUCUCUCUUUCUUUGUUUCUCUCUCCACAAACAGUUUGGUUGGACUUGCAAGGAAGAGACAUCUGCAGCUUCCAUUGAGGGGAAGGAAUUCCCAAAGUUUUACCUUAAGGGGUUUUCAAAUUUCAGAGCACACUUUUUCUAGCUCAUUUUGGCUGUGAUUGUGGCUUUGUGUUCUUGUUUGAAGGGAUCAAAGCUUGUUUGCUUUUUUUUUCUCUGUUUCCAUUGUUUUAUCUUUGACUUGCCAUGUUGGGUGGUUCUUGUCAUAUUAAUUGAGUGUAGACAUUUUUAGGUGAAGGGGUUGGCCUAAUUUUCAUUAUUUUUAUUAUUAUUUUUAAAAUUUCUGGCCUUGUACUUUGGUGCUUUCAUUCUGCUCAUAGAAGGUGAGGAUCAAAAUCUGUGCUUGACGGGGUUAUGAAUGAUGGGUGCUUCUUUGAUCCCUUGGAGAAGUAGAGGAAUAACUGGGUUUUGUGUGUGAAGAGAAAAGACUUACACAACUUACACACUUACACACCCCAUUUGGAAAAUGCCUGGAGGGAGAAGCAAAAGGAGGAUACAUUUCAGCAAACUGUACAGUUUUUCUUGUUUGAAAUCUCCUUUCAGAGAUGGCCAUUCCCAAAUUGGGCAGAAAGGGUACUCCAGGGUUGUGUACUGCAAUGAUCCAGAUAACCCUGAAGCAGUUCAGUUGAGUUAUGGAGGCAAUUAUGUUUCAACUACCAAGUAUACAGCUUUUAAUUUUAUCCCAAAGUCUUUGUUUGAGCAGUUCAGAAGGGUUGCAAAUAUCUACUUUCUCAUUGUUGCGUGUGUUUCCUUUAGUCCAUUGGCACCUUUUACUGCUCUGAGUAUUGUUGCUCCUUUGCUGGUUGUGAUUGGAGCUACUAUGGCCAAGGAAGCUGUGGAAGAUUGGAGGAGGAGAAAACAGGAUGUAGAGGCAAACAACAGAAAGGUUCAGGUAUAUGGUAGAAAUUAUACAUUUACGGAGACUAGAUGGAAGAAACUCCGUGUUGGUGAUAUCAUUAAAGUGUACAAGGAUGAAUACUUUCCUGCUGAUCUUCUUUUGCUUUCAUCAAGCUAUGGUGAUGGGGUUUGUUAUGUCGAGACUAUGAAUCUUGAUGGAGAAACUAAUCUAAAAUUAAAGCAUGCUUUGGAGGUGACAGUUCAUCUUCAUGAUGAAAAAUCUCUACAAAAGUUUAGGGCUGUGGUUAAAUGUGAGGAUCCCAAUGAAAAUCUGUACUCAUUUAUUGGAACUUUACAACAUGAUGGUAAAGAAUAUCCUCUUUCCUUGCAGCAGAUCUUGUUAAGAGAUUCUAAGUUGAAAAACACUGAUUUUAUCUAUGGCAUUGUUAUCUUUACCGGCCAUGAUACGAAAGUUAUGCAGAAUUCGACCGAUCCUCCGUCCAAGAGAAGCAAAAUUGAGAGGAAAAUGGAUAAGAUAAUCUACAUCCUCUUCAGUACCUUGGUUUUGAUAUCCUUUAUUGGUUCUGUCUUUUUUGGUAUUGAGACCAAAAGGGAUAUUAGUGGUGGAAGGUAUAGAAGAUGGUAUCUUCGUCCGGACAAUGCAACUGUGUUCUAUGAUCCCAGAAGGGCAACACUUGCUGCUCUCCUUCAUUUUUUGACUGCCAUUAUGUUGUAUGGAUAUCUAAUUCCGAUAUCACUUUACGUGUCCAUAGAAAUUGUGAAAGUUCUGCAGAGCAUUUUCAUCAACCAAGACCAAGAAAUGUAUUAUGAAGAAUCUGAUAGGCCGGCUCAUGCACGCACGUCUAAUUUGAAUGAGGAACUUGGCCAGGUUGAUACAAUAUUGAGUGACAAAACUGGUACUUUGACAUGUAACUCAAUGGAGUUUGUGAAAUGUUCAAUAGGGGGCAUUGCAUAUGGUCGUGGUAUGACAGAAGUGGAGAAGGCACUUGCUAGGAGAGGAAAAGGUGGGGAAUCUGAUGAUGAUGGUGGAUCAUCUGAUUUCUUGGGCCAGAGUAAUGAGUCAGUUGAUUCUCUGCAUCCAGUUAAGGGCUUUAAUUUUAGAGACGAGCGCAUAGUGAACGGACAAUGGGUUAAUGAACCAUAUCCAGAUUUCAUACAGAAAUUCUUCCGAGUUUUAGCUAUUUGUCACACAGCUAUUCCAGAUGAAGAUAAAGAGUCCGGAGAAAUUUCCUAUGAGGCCGAGUCACCAGAUGAAGCAGCUUUUGUCAUAGCAGCAAGGGAGCUUGGUUUUGAGUUUUUUGCAAGGACACAAACAAGCAUAUCAUUGCACGAAUUGAAUUAUGAAAUUGGAAAAAAGGUUGACAGUAGAGUGUACCAGCUUCUGCAUGUCUUGGAGUUCAGCAGUUCCCGCAAAAGAAUGUCAGUGAUAGUGAGGAAUGAGGAAAACCAAUUAUUGCUUCUAAGCAAGGGUGCAGACAGUGUAAUGUUUGAAAGGCUCUCAAAAGAUGGAAGACAGUUUGAGGUUGAAACCAGGGAUCAUAUCAAAAGGUACGCCGAGGCUGGUUUAAGAACCCUUGUAGUCACAUACCGUGAACUUGAUGAAGAAGAGUAUAAGUUAUGGGAUAAGGAGUUUUCAAAGGUCAAAACUUCUGUAACAGAAGACCGAGAUGCACUUGUGGAUGCAGCUGCUGACAAGAUGGAAAGAGAUUUAAUACUUCUCGGUGCUACUGCAGUUGAGGAUAGACUGCAAAAGGGGGUUCCUGAGUGUAUUGAAAAGCUUGCACGGGCAAAAAUCAAAUUAUGGGUAUUGACCGGAGACAAGAUGGAAACUGCUGUCAACAUAGGGUAUGCUUGCAGUUUACUUAGAAAGGACAUGAAAAAGAUAGUGAUCACUCUUGAUUCCUCAGAUAUCCUAUACUUGGAAAAACAAGGGGACAAGCAGGCUCUAGCAAAGGCUUCUCUUGAAAGCAUUAAGAAGCAAAUUGGAGAAGGAAUCUCACAAAUCAACUCUGCAAAAGAGAGUUCUAAUGAAAAUAAAGGAAGUUCUUCUGGGUUUGGCUUGAUAAUCGAUGGGAAGUCCUUGGAUUAUUCUCUUAGCAAGAAUUUGGAAAGGUCCUUCUUUGAGCUUGCCAUUAGUUGUGCUUCUGUCAUAUGUUGUCGAUCUUCACCCAAACAGAAAGCUCGUGUUACAAGGUUGGUAAAAUUGGGAACGGGGAAGACAACAUUGUCCAUUGGUGAUGGGGCAAAUGAUGUUGGCAUGCUUCAGGAGGCCGAUAUUGGAGUUGGUAUUAGUGGUGCGGAAGGGAUGCAGGCUGUAAUGGCAAGUGAUUUUGCUAUAGCUCAAUUCCGGUUUCUGGAACGUCUUUUGUUGGUACAUGGCCAUUGGUGUUAUCGUCGUAUAUCAAUGAUGAUAUGCUAUUUUUUCUAUAAAAACAUUGCAUUUGGAUUUACCCUUUUUUGGUUUGAGGCAUAUGCUUCUUUCUCUGGUCAAGCUGCUUACAAUGAUUGGUACAUGUCAUUUUACAAUGUCUUCUUCACUUCACUUCCAGUAAUCGCUCUAGGUGUUUUUGAUCAGGAUGUUUCUGCCAAACUUUGCCUAAAGUAUCCCUUUCUAUAUCUAGAGGGAGUAGAAGACACCCUGUUCAGCUGGCCCCGGAUUCUUGGGUGGAUGUUGAAUGGAGUUCUUAGUUCUUUAGUGAUCUUCUUCUUAACCACUAAUUCUGUGUUGAAUCAAGCCUUCAGAAGAGAUGGUAAGGUGGUUGAUUUUGAAAUACUUGGGGUGACAAUGUAUACAUGUGUGGUGUGGACUGUGAAUUGCCAAAUGGCACUAUCCAUCAAUUACUUUACUUGGAUACAACAUUUUUUUAUAUGGGGCAGCAUCGCCUUCUGGUAUGUCUUUGUGUUGGUCUAUGGCUACCUCUCUCCAGAAAUAUCCACAACAUCUUACAUGGUUUUUGUGGAAGCAUGUGCUCCCAGUGGUUUGUAUUGGCUAGUGACCCUUUUGGUUGUUGUGUGUGUGUUGCUACCCUAUUUCUGCUAUAGGUCUUUCCAAAGUCGGUUUCUGCCAAUGUACCAUGAUAUUAUACAGAGAGAACAAGUAGAAGGCAUUGAAAUUGGCUUAUCUGAUGAUGAGUUACCUAAACAGGUCCAGGGAAAACUAAUACACCUCAGAGAGAGAUUGAAGCAAAGGGAGUUGUGAGAUGUGAAUGCUUCUAAACAUACAUUCUUAAACCUUGAAAUUCUUAGACCUUGAAAUUGUAUUUGAUUUCUUGCUAAGUUGGGGAAGGGCAUGGAAGUAGUGAGAAUUGCCAAUAGCUUUUAAUUUUUUUCCCUUUUGGGCUUUCAUUUGUUUAUAAGAUUAGGAGAGGAGUAUUUGUGUAGCAGUGACCUGAUGUAGAUUAGUUAUGUAAAGUUUGAGUAUUUGUUGUACCGAAAACGGUCUUUGUAUUUGUUAAUGGAAGAAGCAAUAGAUCUUUUACAAUAUAUUUUAUA